GUGCGCUACGUCUAAUUAAUUCACUCGUUGAGACAACUUUCUUUCUCACUCUCUCUCUCUCCCUCAAACGACACCAAAGCAAUCGAAAUCAUGUCCUCUGACGACGAGGGCGGCGAGGAGUAUCUCUUCAAGAUCGUCAUAAUUGGCGAUUCCGCGGUCGGCAAAUCCAAUCUCCUCUCUCGCUACGCUCGCAACGAGUUCAAUCCUCACUCGAAGGCCACCAUUGGCGUCGAGUUUCAGACGCAGAACAUGGAGAUCGACGGCAAAGAGGUCAAAGCUCAGAUUUGGGACACCGCCGGUCAAGAACGGUUCCGUGCUGUCACUUCUGCUUACUACCGCGGCGCUGUGGGUGCUCUCGUUGUGUAUGAUAUUAGUAGGAGAACUACUUUUGAUAAUGUCGGUCGAUGGCUUGAUGAGCUGAAGACUCACUCUGAUACCACUGUGGCAAGGAUGCUUGUGGGGAACAAAUGUGAUUUGGAGGAUAUAAGGAACGUGAGCAUAGAGGAAGGGAAAAGCCUUGCUGAAUCAGAAGGAUUUUUCUUCAUGGAAACUUCUGCUUUAGAUUCAACAAACGUUAAAACGGCAUUUGAGAUAGUUAUCAAAGAGAUUUACAGCAACGUGAGCAGGAAGGUCUUGAACUCAGAUACUUACAAAGCCGAAUUAUCCAUCAACCGAGUAACGCUAGCAAAAAAUGACCCGGAUGGAUCGAAGCAAACAGGAAAGUAUCUUUCUUGCUGUUCAAGUUGAUCACUGUGCAUCAAGUGUACAAGUUGAAGAAGAGAGGAGCAAAUUUGGGCAAAAUGGUUAAAGUUGGUGCAUAUGGAAAAAGAUAGUAGAUGGAUUUCUUUGUUUCAUUAUUUACUUCCAAAUCUUGAAUAAGAAGGCAAUUAAGACUAUGAUGAUGCAACAUUAAUUGGUAAGGUUGGCGAAUCAUGAGAUUAUCGAAACGUAGUUAAAAUUUAUACUAAUGCUUCAAAAAAAUAAUAAUAAUAAUAUAAUAUUAAAUAAUUCAAUAUUGUUUAGUGAGAAAUUCAAAUGGCCCCCCAAUAUAUAAUGUUGUUUUGAGUAAAUGUAAUUUAUAGGUGUAGUAUUUUAAUAGGAGUAAAGAAAAUGGCAAUUGUUUGUUGAUGUGAUGUGACCUGACCACGUGAUUGUGAUUGAUAUUUUGCAUCAAUGUCAUUAAACUUAGAUUCAA